AUGAGUAAGGAUCCCGAUGACUAUAAAGAACCCAUACCAGAGGACAAAUUAAGAUCAACUCAAAAAGCGCGCGAAUUGGCAUCCCCAAUGCAGGCAGUGACCAGAAAUGAUGAUGUACAAAACUAUUACUAUGUACGUCAUCCACAAACAUAUCCAAUUCCAAAUACUGCACCACCAUCGGAUAGACGGUUAGGUGCGAAUAGGCACUCGCGAUCACAUUCUCAUAAUUCUGAUCAAAAGAACCCCAAAAAUCGAUUAUUCCACCCACUUAGUCAUAAUGCUUAUCAGCAGUAUCCCACAUAUCCUAUGAAUGUUUCGUCCCCAAAACCUUCAUCUGCUCCCCCACCAUCACCUCAAAUAAGACGACAACAACAACAACAGCAACAUCCUAGCUCUAGCAGAAGUCCUUGGAACAAUGAACAGCUGCAUAGACCAACCGAUUCACAACCAAAUUGGACGACAUUGAUCCCGCCCUUGUCUGAUACUCCAAGGGAAUCGAAUUCGGCUUUUCCCAAUCAACAACAACAACCGCAGCCACAACAAUUGAUCAAUGUGAGCUCAAGUAACGGACACCAUACGCCAGAUAUGCAAAGACAAAGUUCUCGUAGAGGGGGAUCAUCAUCACAUAGAUCAAACCUCGACCCAUCUCAAAGGCACUCCAUUGCCAUAUCACCAACACCUGAAAAGCAAGAAGCCAAUGAGGAGAUACGAGUCAAUAAGGAUCCGUUGCCUGCACCUGACCGGCAACCGACAAUGUCUGGUAGAUCCAAAACAAAGAAAAAGAGCCGAAAAGUGUGUCAGAAAUGUGGACUUGAAAUCACUGGUCAAUUUGUACGUGCUCUUCAAAGUGCUUACCAUGUCGAUUGUUUCACUUGCCAUGAAUGUGGUAAACAGUGUUCAGCAAAGUUUUUCCCAUUCGAAAUUACACGAGAUGGGACUUCGACACAAGUCGCUCUUUGUGAAUACGAUUACUUUAAGAAGCUUGAUUUGAUUUGUUUUAGUUGCAAUAAUGCGUUGCGUGGGCCUUACAUUACUGCAUUGGGCAACAAAUACCAUUUGGAACAUUUCAAGUGUUCAGUUUGUCAACACGUGUUCGAUUCAGAUGAAAGCUAUUUUGAACAUGAAAAUGAUAUAUUUUGCCAUUUCCACUAUUCAAAGUUGUAUGCGUCACAUUGUGAAGGGUGCCAAUCAUCAAUUUUGAAACAAUUUGUGGAGUUGUACCGAGGUGGAAGGACUCAACAUUGGCAUCCAGAAUGUUUUAUGGUUCACAAGUUUUGGAAUGUUUGCAUCACUGCCGACUCUGUUGGAUUGCAAAAAACAUACGGCUUAGCUGACGAGAAACUAGCUGACUUGAGGGCUAUCAAAAUGUCGGAUUCCAGUCUCAACUCAGAAAAGCUAGUGGGUAUAGAGCAACACAUUGAGCAGGUUGUAAUGAAUUGCUGGUUGAUGUUGUCUGGGUAUGAACAGAGCACUGCCGCAUGUAUCUCCGAUAUGCUUCUUAAUGCGUGCACAGGAAAUAAAUACAACGGUUUAAUCGUCACUGGUAAGUUGAUUUUAAAUGUUGAAAUUUUGUUUCGUGCUUUGGAUUACGUAUUGCAGCAAUGCAAAGUGGCAUCAACAACACUUGUGGUGAAGAAUGACCUGCCCGAGCAAGAACAUCUGGACUCUUCAGUAAAUGAAAACGAAUAUUUCCAAUUUUUGAAAAAGGAGCCAAGAAACAUCACAGGAAAGAUUAUGAGUUACUUGGCCAUUUUGAGAAAAUCAGCUAGUAUAUCCAAAUCUGGAACUUUAUCAGCAGAGUUGUUGUCUGUUAUCACUGGGUCUGCUCACUAUUUGAAACUCUUGAUACGAAUUGGUUUGUAUAAUGCAUUAAAGUUGAACAAGUUGAACGGAACCACUGAUGCAUUGAAUCAUUUUUUACAACUCGUUUCAACGUAUGAGAUGAUUGAGUCGAAUAAACUUAAGAGUAUUGAAGACUUGGAAGAGUUUAAAGCGAAAUUGGCCGUUCCUCUGAGUUCGACAGACGCUUGUACUGCCUGCUCCAAAAGUAUUGAGAAAUCAUGUGUCAAACUUGGUGACCACAGGUGGCACUGGAAAUGUUUUGUGUGUUUCAGGUGCAAUCAACCCAUUGGUCAAUCGGAAGUUGGCCUAGCCCGUUUUGAUAUUGCACGCCAAUCUAUCGUUUGCCCACAUUGCUAUGAUGGAAGUGGAAUAACUGGGUUUGAAAUAGUAACCGAUUUAUCUCAAUUGGUUUAUCUUUUGAAGAUUGCUUUGCUACGGUCACGCUCAGUGAUGAAUAUUGAGUUCAAUAACCUUACAAUCGGACCAAGAGUGGAAGAAUCAGAGCUUUUGCAAACGCCAAACAAUCAACACGAACAAGAUGAUUAUAGCAAAACUUUGGAUGAUGUAACUAGGCUAAGAAGUAAAAGACAAAGCCAGAAAUUGUCGCAAUCGGUUAAAAAGAAGGCAAGAAAGUCGGUAAUCAUCACGGCUCCUGAGGGUGACCAAGCGCACCAAGAUGAAGUUGAUAUCUCAAAGGCUGGAGAUAGUGGUCUUUCUGCUGAUCUAAGAGAUAUGGCAAUUCAAGCACAACCUCCACCACAGUUUGGAAGGAAAACAAGUAGUGGGUCGCAACUCUCCUUUGAUGGAAAGGAAGAAUUAUCUGUCAAAAAGCAGCUACAAAUUAGAGAUGAGCCUCAACGACAAAUGACAUCAACACACCUCGAUCGUACAUCUGAUUUAUUAAAAAACGAGAAGUCAUUAACUUUGGACGACAUUCCAAGAAUUGUAGCCGCUGAGCAAGCUCGUGAUCAAAGACCCAAUGCUUUUAAGCAUCAAAAUAAGCUAUAUCAAAGAACAAGUUCCCAUAAACUCAAGGGUAGUGGACACAGUCCUAUACAAACUACCCCCAGUAGUGCCUUAGAUCAUAUUUUGAACACUACCACUGCCCCUGGUAACGAGAUUCCCACUGUUGGCAAGCAAAAAUUUUAUUCUGAGUUGACCAAACGGGAGCAUUUCAUUAUGAGGCAUAUCGCCGUUGCGAUUCUUUGCCAAAUGAGUCAUGACAAAUUCAACAAGGAUGAAUUGAUAACGAUGAUUCAGUUGAAGAAACCGCCGACGUUUUGGGAAAAGUUAAAAUUUGGUGGCGGUGGUGCAUCAAAGGACAAGGUCAAUGCGGUGUUUGGAACAGAAUUGAGCAUAUUAACUAAGAAAUAUGGAGUCGAUUCAGACCUUGGUGUUGGACCUUCAAAGUUGAGAAUCCCUAUUGUUAUCGAUGACGUGAUUAGCGCCUUGAAGCAAAAGGAUAUGUCAGUUGAAGGAAUUUUCAGAUUGAAUGGUAAUAUUAAAAAACUUCGCGAGUUGACGGAACAAAUCAACAAGAGUCCAUAUAAAUCACCAGAUUUCAGUGCUCAUACUGCGGUUCAGCUUGCUGCGUUGAUGAAGAAAUGGUUGCGUGAGUUGCCCACGCCAUUGCUAACAUUCAACUACUAUGAUUUGUGGAUUUCCUCACAAAUAGAACCAACCCUCGAACUGAAAAAGAGGAUCCUCCAGCUUACAUAUUGCUUACUACCUCGUGACCACCGGAAUCUACUUGAGGUUUUGCUUUACUUUUUCAGUUGGGUGGCUUCAUUUUCUGAAGUGGAUAAAGAUACUGGAUCCAAAAUGGAUGCACACAAUUUAGCCACUGUUCUAGCUCCAAAUAUUCUCAUAUCAAAACAAUCACAAGGUCAAAAUGAUCAAUCUGGGGAUGCUUACUUUUUGGCUAUUGAAGUUGUAAAUCAAUUGAUCGAGCAACAUGAGGAAUUAAGUAUUAUACCACCGGAAUUGAUGAAAAUUUUCAAUGCUUGUGGGUUUGAUGGAUUAGAGAAGGAUCUCACAACUAAAGAGAUAUUGAAUCAAAUUGAAGCAACUUUGAAAGAAGAUGCAAAGUGA